AUGGGGAGGUGGCUGAGCGCCGCUAGCCGGGGAAGGGUGCCGAGCGUUCGAGGGGAGGGGGCGAGGGGCACGGAGCGCCGGGGGUCACGGCGUCAGUCGCUGUUUGGUCCUGCCCGGGUAGACGCUGGCGGCGGCAUCGGGAGGGAGGGGGUGCAGAAAGGAGGGAGCCAGGGAGGGGUCGCGCGUGAGAUUCAGGAGGCGUCGCGGGACACGGGCCCACCUGUCGGCACGCGAGGGUUUUACCUGGGUGCUACGGAGUGGCAGGACGAAGAGCGGGAAGAGCCGGACAUUCGCCGCUUUUUAGUUGCAGAGAAGAGACAGAGAUAUAGGGUGAGAUAG